GUAACAAUAAAUGAAAUUGACAAAGUUGUGCAUCAAAUGAUAAUCAAUGCUGGCGCUUAUCCAUCUCCCUUAGGCUAUGGGGGGUUUCCGAAGAGUGUGUGCAUAUCCGUCAAUGAGUGAAUGUGUCAUGGAAUACCUGACUCACGGCAGCUGCUGGAUGGGGAAAUAAUAAGCAUUGACGUGACCGUUUACCUGAAUGGUUAUCAUGGCGAUACGUCAAAGACCUUUUUCUGUGGUGACGUGAGUGAAUCCAUAAAGCGGCUUGUAAAGGUGACUGAGGAGUGCUUGCACUAUGGAAGUGCUGUUUGCAGAGAUGGUGCUCUUUAUAGGAAGAUAGGAAAGAGGAUCAGUGAACAUGCUGAAAAUUUUGGUUAUGGUGUAGUUGAUCGUUUUGUUGGACAUGGUAUUGGGACAGUAUUUCACUGA